AUGCCUCAAGUUAUACUUGGUAAAUAUAUCAUGAUAAAGUUGAUGACAAUUUUCCUUAAAUGUUUUGUUUUACAGCCGUUUGAUAAAUGCUACAUUGGAUCCUCACCCAAAGCUGAUGUCACCAGUGUAUUUCAUGGUCAAACUGCUGCAGUUUAUGUCUUCUCUGAAAAUUUAGCUCCAAAUACAAUUGCAGCCAUCCACAGACUUGGACCUGGCUAUAUGGGACAGUUUAAGUUUGAGUCAGAGAUUGACAUUCCUCUUUCUGAGCAAGACAUAAAGAUUCUUUAUGAUGGCCAUCUUGCAUCCAGCAUCAUGUUCAUGUACAGUCCCAAAGCAUGUGAUCAACAACUUUGUAUGGAAGCCUCUCCUAUUGAAAACACGUCGUACUUUUGUCACUCUCCACAUGCACUCAUGCUUGAGGGAGUACAAGCUGUAAUCACCCACUAUCCCAUAUACCAUCUCAUGGUCUCUCUAAUUCUAUUCUAGAGAGUACAAGCUUUAAUCACCCACUAUCCCAUAUACCAGUCUCAUGAUCUCUCUAAUUCUA